UUAGUUGUAACCCUCAUGAAUCUUGUGACCCCCAUGGUCGUCUCUCUCUCUAGAUCUCUCUCUCUCUCUAUGGAUCUCUCUCCAAAAUGGGAAGGUGUGAUCAAAGCCCUUUUCUUGGAAUGGGUCUAACAAGGAAAGCUUGACUAGAUGCUAAAACAAGAUGUGAGAGAUUUGAAUGCCCACCUCCCCAUCUAUUUCUGCAGCUGGGAGUAACUUGGUAUGCAAUCUCAGACUGCACACCACACUCUCCAUCAAGAUAAGGACAUCCAAUUACUCACCCUCCCCCCCCUCUUCUUCUCCCUUUGUAAUCUCCAACUUCUCAUUCCCUUUUCCCCUUCCCACAAUGCCAUACACUAUUUUUUCUCAUAGCAUGCAAAAAGAUCAGUAGUUGGUUCCUAUUUUCCUCUUCAUAGUGCUUUCGCAGCCAUAUUUUUUUGGUCAAAUUAAAGAACCCCACUUCAUGGUCUUUUGCCUUUUACCUUUGUUUCCAUUUGUGACAGCUCAUAGUUGGAUAUAACCACUAUAUAUUUCUCUCACCUCCCAUCUCUAUCUACUCAUUUUUACUUCCUCUCUCUCUCUCUCUCUCUCUCUCUUAUGUACUGUGAUGAGUGUUCUGCUCACUCAGAUAAAAGCAACAAUAUUUGCAGGAAACAGAAUAACACCAUCAAACUCAUGAAAGGAACCAACUGCUGCCCUGUUUGAUUUGAAGUGUCCUCAGAGCUUUGGAUUUUGGAUGUUGAUGUGCCUACUGUUCCCUUCUCACCUCACCUAUGCAUGAGAGAUCAUCAGGGGAGGCGCCAAAGCAACAAAAUGAGCAUACCACACUUGUUCAGGUGCCCAAUAAGUUUGGACCUGUUCACAGACCCGGUAACUUUGUGCACCGGCCAGACCUACGACCGGCCGAGCAUCGAGAAGUGGCUCGCCGGCGGCCACCUCACGUGCCCGGUCACAAUGCAGACGCUCGACGACACCACGCUCGUCCCCAACCACACCCUCCGCCACCUCAUCGACCAGUGGAUCCGCGGCGACCCCGACCGCAGCUCCCGACCGGGCCCGACCGAGCCCGCCGCCGAACCCCAGCUCUCGCUCGCCUCCCUGAAGCUGAAUUUACAGUCCCCCACCGCCGCUGCCGCCGACGCCGUGAAAAAGAUUCGGAUUUUAUCGGUCGAAUCCGAUAUCGGGCAGGCGUGCUUGAUACAAUUAGGAUUCUUUCCUCUUCUUCUGCACCUGCUGUUUCGAUCUGCGUCGGCUCAUGACGACUCGGAGCUCGUCGAGGCGGCGCUGGAUUGCGUCCUCAGCCUUUCGCCACCCUCGCAAUUGGAUUCUCUCAACAUGCUCAAAGAAGAGCAUAAUUUGGCUUCGUUGGUGGUGCUCUUGGAGCAGGGCAAUAUAAAGAUCAAAACAAGCCUUUGCUAUCUCUUGGAGUUAGUUGCCACUUCUCCGGCGACGAAAGAGCUAAGCUUGCUCGUCGGACGAUCGCAACGCGUAUUGCGAGAGCUGAUCUCUCUGAUGCAGUGCAACAAACGCAAUGCGGCGGCUGCGGAGGCGGCGGUUCGCGCGACCGCCGGUCUCUGCAUGCUAGACGAGAAUUGGGGCAAUGUGAUAAGAGAAGGCGGCGUGGGCGGCUUGAUUGCGUACUUAUCGAGCUCUCCGGGUCAAAAGACCGUUUCCCGGGCGUUAGCCACGCUAGAGCUUUUGCUGGGGCAGGAAGCUGGGAAAAGCGCGUUCGCUGAGAAUGCGAACGCGGUGAGAGUGGUGGUGAGGCACGUGUUCGUGGUGUCGGCCGACCGCGAGGCGAGCGAGCACGCCGUGGGGGCGCUGCUCGCAGUGUGCUGCGGCUCGGUGCGGUUGCAGACGCAGGCGGUGGAGGCCGGAGUUUUGACACAGCUUCUGCUUCUGCUGCAGAGUCAGUGCGGCUCCAAAGCCAAGAGCAGGGCCAGGGCUUUGUUGAAGCUGCUCAGGUCCGUGUGGGCUGGGAACCCGGGUGAAUGUAAUUUUCAAAAUGAUAAGUAGUUUGAUCCCAAAAAGAAAGAAAGAAAA